GCACUGAGCUGAGCAUAAAGACAAUCCGCCGUGAGUCGAGUACAGUAUGCUGCCAGGAUCGCACCAAAGAACGAAAACAAGGGUGUGACCGAAAGCGAGCAGAGAAGCAGCAGCAGCAGCAGUGUAGUGAAAAAAGGCACCAUUUAUGUUUUUCCUUCCCAGUACUUGCACAUUAAUCGUCAGGGAAAAUUUUGCAUUGAAAAUCCCCCCUCGUUCAAGUAGUGUGAAAAGCCUCGUGUGUAAAGUGAUUGCGGAAAUUAAUGGCGAAUGUGAAUUGUGCGGUGGAAAAAAGUGCUCCAUUGUUGUGCUUGCAUCCCCAUCAGCUUUGUUCCAUCGAAUGUAACCGAUGUGUCCCAAAUAAUUGUGUGAUGUAAGAAAACAUGAACGGCUGAACAGCAGACGUAGGACUGGUGGAAGAAAGUAUCGAAGUAGGCGAAUGAGUGAGUGAGUUUGGUGAAGAAAAAAAAAGUGAUACUUUUGCUCCCGAGAUUGCAAUCACAUCCCGCGCGCUCUGCAGCAAGCGAAGAUGGAACAAAAAUGUGAUCUGUAGAACAAAAUAAGUACAUACCGUCUCACAUACAAACAAACCCACAUACAUACAUACAUUGAUGCAUGCAGUCGCGGCAGCGGCCCGUAGUUAGCAUUUGCAUAAUUGAAGAACACAUCAAGCCAAAUGAGGGCGGCCGGCAUCCUGCCAAUAGUAGUACUGAAUGGAGUUGGUGAGUGUGCGGGGGUGGAGCGAAAAGGUUGAAUCACCCAUCAUCCUGCGACGACGACGUUGCUGCUUGGCUGGCUCUGGGCUGGACACGGCAGGACAAAGAGAGUCCUGGCCAAUGCCCGUGUCAUUCUAAAGCGAAAUCGAAAGCAGAAGAAGAAGAAGCAUUUGUGUAGUUGGGUGUGCCGCGGGGUUUUAUUGUAGGGAAGUAUAACCUACUGCAUCCGUCAGGCAUCACACGCGUAAUCAAUCAUCAUGCAAGGAUCGACGCCACCCAUCAUGGGCUAUCCGGAGGACGACGAUCAGUACAAGGUGCCGCUGAUCGCCAAGCUAUUGCACGCUUUGCCGCACUACAACAUAACAUUUCAUCGGAUCAACAACACCUUUAGGCCGACGAGCGAUGUUUAUCUUGAGAGUUUGGGCAUCCUCGGAUCGAUACCGGCAGCACUGUUAAUUAUAUCACUGUUCGGGCUUUUGCUGUAUCUGCUGACACGAUGUUGCGAUCGCAAACCCCGCCCAGCACAUUCCAUAACCAGCCUCAAGGUGACGCUAUCGAUAGUAACGGUGCUGUGCUGUGCCGCAAUCGGACUGGGCCUGUACGGCAACGACGAUCUCCACAACGGAUUGCUGGAAGUGCUGCAAGCCGGCCGGAAGGUCGACAACGUGGUAUCUUCCGUGCGGAACCAAACAUUCAUACUGGAAAACACGUUGACGAUGAAAAUUCAACAACAACUUACCGAGCUCGAAGAUAUCUUCGACAGCAAGACAAACAACCAAUCGGCCUUAGCUCAGCUUCAGCUGGCUCUGGCGGUCACCAAGGGUAACGUGACCAUCGCCAAGAAUGCGGCCAACGACAUCAGACGCCCACUGGCCGGGCUAACAAUAACCAAUUUCCUAGCGAAAGGUGAUCAAUGGGAGCUUAUUCGAUGGCCAGGAACGGUCGCAAUCCUAGCCCUGUUGCUAGUGCUGUGUGCGGUUCUGUUGGUGGGUGUCGCACGUCAUUCACGGUGUGCACUAAUUUUGUUCAGCGUAUGUGGUCUGCUCGCUGUCACCGGUUCCUGGUUGAUGUCCGGCCUGUACCUUUCAACUUCGGUAGCCGUUGGUGAUCUGUGCAAUGACCCCGCCGACUUUUUGGUACACCAAGCACCCAGCGAGCUACCCUCGGACAUACUGCUCUACUAUACUCAAUGUGAUGUGGCUCGUUCCAAUCCGUUUACUCAACGACUCCGCGAAUCUCAAAAUGCCAUCAACAAUGCGCGGAAUGCAAUGACCAUCGUGUCUAAGAUCUCCCCGGUGCUGUUCAAGAAUGCUGGCCUGGGACCGAAACUGGGAUCGGUCAAUGCCGACAUCAAACUGUGUGAGCGCAUCCUCACUGGUUUGACGGCCCUUGUUGACUGCAAAGCAGUUCAUUCGAGCUAUCUCAAUGCAACACGUGGUCUCUGUGAAGGCGGCCUACUGGGAUUGGUGCUGAUGUUGAUAGCCAGUUUCAUGGCAGCCAUUUUGUUGACCGUCAUGGUUUGGGUUGAUUCGCACACUUGGAUUUACAUUCGCAAAAGGAACGAUUAUGCUCAAGUUGAAGAACAAUCAUACGUAUCAGCUCAUCAACUUCAUCCGCAAAACCAUCAGAAUAUGAACACGCGAACACUACCACAUCAUCAUAAGGGCCCGCCCGUCAUCAGUGGUUCCCAUACCCUGGCUCAUCCAGCGCGUAAUCCAAAACAUGAAAUGACUCCACAACAACAAGCCCAUAUGCAUCAUCAUCACCAACAGGCCAUGGCAAUGAGGCCCGGUGGAACACAUACCCUUGGACGGCUUCCGUCGCACAACAACAGCCCUACCCAUAUGCAUGGGCCGAACAAUGGCAAAUACGCCACCCUCAGCAAGCACUGCAAGACACUUGAUGCCAAUGACUUUUACUGA